AUGUCAAAAAAAUAAAAUGUAAUAAAAAGACUUAGCCUGCAUAGCAAAUAAAUAGAAAAUUAUCUUUAAGAUGAAAGUUUACGAUUGAUAGGUAUGGUUUAAAUAUAAUAAGGUGAUCAAUCAUACGGUGAACUUAAAUUUGAAAUUUGGAGUUAUAACAAAACUCAGAUAACUUUACUAAAGGAGCAGCAGUAUGUAGAUCCAGAACAACUUAAGAAAUUGGAAGAGACUGAGGGCAAAAAUAAAGACUGGGGAAGGUGCAGAAUAUUUAACAUAAUACGACCAGAAGAACCUAAAAAGAUCAUUUGGGAUUUGAUAGGAAUGGGAUUCAUUUUUAUAUAGAUGAUACUGAUUCCAUUGAUUUUGACAUUUGGACUGGAUAUGGAUGAUGGAUUUAGCAUAUUUAGUAACAUAAUGGAUUAUUAUUUUAUUGUUGAUAUUGUAUUGCAAUUUUAGACAGGUUACUACAAUAAAGGUAAUUAUAUCAAUCAAAGAAGGAAGAUAGCAAUAAAUUAUUUAAAGUUGUGGUUUUGGUUAGAUUUGAUAUCUUCAUUCCCUUACGAUGGAAUAAUCUCUCUCACUUUAGAGGAAUCCAAUUAAAAGGAUGUGCAAAGAAACACAUAAAUUAUAAAAAUAAUGAGGAUUCUGAGAUUUGUUAAGGUAAUUCGAUUGAUGAGGGCUUUGAAGCUAAAAAAGAUUAUUAACCAAAUUGAGGAUUCCUUGUCAUUGGAUAAAUCUAUAACUUCGUUUAUUCAGUUCUUAAAGAUCUGUCUUAUCAUUCUCUGUUUAUCACAUUGGCUAGCAUGUAUAUGGAAUGCCAUCAGAUUGCUUUAACAAAAUGAAUAAGAUUGGUACACAUAAUAUGUUAGUAAUUAUGAUUAAGAAUUGGACAAUGAUCCAAAUUAUUGGUUCAAUCAAUAUGUAGCAGGAAUUUAUUUUAGCAUAACUACUAUGAUCACAAUUGGAUAUGGAGACAUCUCGCCAAAAAAUACAAUAGAAAGGUCUUUUGGUGUGUUUGUGAUGAUCUUGGCUUCUGGAGUAUUCGGAUAUGUGAUGAAUUCUAUUGUCUUACUAUUUUAGAAUACAAACGAAUCUCUAGAAGAAUUAUUAAUCAAAAACGAUUCUGCCAAAAAAUACUUAAAACACAAAUGCAUUAAUAAAUCCCUAUAAGCCAGAAUCAAGAAUUACCUAGAAUGGCUGAUAGAAGAUGAAUAAUUGCAAAAAGGAUAUGCACAUAACACUUUAGAGAAAUUAUCAUUGCCCUUAAAAAAUCAAGUGACUCAAUUGGUGCAUGGGAAUAUGAUGAGUUAGAUUAAAUUCUUAAGAAAGAAUUUCUCCCCACUCAUCUUAAAGAAACUAGCAUUUAUAUUUCAAGAUGAAGUAUAUAACCCUGAAGAUUGGAUAAUUAAAAAUGAUGAUCCUAUUGACGAUUCUACCUCCAUUUAUUUUAUCUUAAAUGGAAGAGUUUAAAUAUGUUAUCCUAAAACUAAAGGAGUUAAUGAUAUUGUAGAAUUGACCAAAAAAUAAUACUUUGGAGAGAUCUCCUUUUUUGCCAAUGUUCCUAGAUGUGCAUCUGCUAAAGCCAGAAAUUUCAUCAAUUUAUUUCGACUUUCAAGAAAAGCAUUUUUAGAGCAAUGUUAAAAUGAAGAUCUAGAACAAUUCUUUUAAUUAAAAUUUAAUAUUGAAUUUGAAUAGAAAUUGGAAGGUUUGAAUAUUAAAUGUUACGUAUGUUCUGCAGUUAAUCACACUGCCAAAUAUUGUCCUAAUACUCACUAUGUUAUCAACAAAUAUGAUAGAAUAAAUAUUAUUGAAAAAUAUAAUGAUGAAAUUAAAUUGAUGAUAAAUUCCAAAAGGAGAUUGAGAAAGAAAUCAAGAACCUUUAAUAAUUUAUCAAAAAAUUAAGCAGCCAUUCAACAAAUCACCUCUGAUCUUUAUACUCUUGAAAAAUAUUUGAACUCCUUCAAAAAGAAUAAAUUAACAACCUUCAGAAUUAAAGAUUCCUUCAAAACAGAUUCAAUUAAAGAGUAUACUAAUUUUGUUCCAUAUUCAAAUCUAGGAUCUAUUGCAAGAUUAUAAAAUUAUAAUGCUGAAAUUCAUGCUGAAAAUGUGAGACAAUUAAAAGAACAAGAAAAAAAGAAUAAAUUAAAAAGUAAAUUUGUGUAAUUGCUACAGAAUAAAUAAGAAAAGAGAUCAUCACAAUAAUCACUAAAAAACUCAACCAGCAAAUUCUCUAAACUCAUCUUUGAGGUUAAUAAACUUAAAUAAUAACAAAAAUUGGAGGAAUAAUCUGAAACCAUCAAAGAAGAAACUCGCCCUUAAAGAAAGCUAUCAAGAUUGUCAUCCCCAAAAACACAUUAUAUCAGAUAUGAAACCAAUAUCAAGUUAAAACGAAUGCCCAGAAAAACCUACCUUGAUGAAUUUAAUCAAACAGAUAAAUUUAAGCAAACUAUUGAUGUAAUACCUGAGGAUGCUUUAGAAAGUCCAGCCUAACUCUUGAAUCAAACUAAAUCCAUAAAAUUAAAUAUCAAACCAUUUAAAAUAUUCAAAUCCACAGAGUCAACUAUUGUUGAGUCUGUACAAUAUCCGGAUCUUUAAAUAGAAAAACCUAUAAAGAGAAGUCAAUCAAAUGAAUAAAUUGAUUCAAAUCAAAAUGACCUACAAACUCACCAUAAGGCAUUUCUCGAAAACAUGAUUUAUCUUGUUGUAAACUAUAAACUACAAAAUUGUAAAUGA